AUGUGUACUAGAUCCGUCACAACAAAUACCGACGGUUUUCUUAAUAAUUUUAUCAGAACACAAUUUUUUACUAUGCUUACUUUAUGGAAUUUGUUUGAAGCAUCCUUGCUUUGUUUGAAUGCAGUUUGUGUUUUACACGAAGAAAGAUUUAUGCAAAAAAUGGGAUGGGGAUCCAACAACCCAAACCAAGGAUUUGAAGAUCAAUCAACAGUGAAGUUCCAAAUUUUAAACUUGGUUAGAUCUAUCAGAACAGUCACAAGGAUUCCAUUAAUCAUAUUGAAUAUACUCACAAUAAUGUUUAAGUUAUUAUUGGGAUAA